AUGUCUGGAGCUCAGCCGACCAGCGAUCCCAGUGUGGAGCAGCCAGAAGCCGCCAAGUCGGCCGAUCAGCCGACGGCGUCGACCUCCAACCCCGCCACCACCUCCGGAGCACCCGACCUCCCGGCCGCCACUCCUUCUGCCGCCGGCGCCGCUGCUGCUGAGGCCGAGGCGGCUGCUGCUGCCACUACUGCCGCACACGCUGCUGGCGACGUUCCCGCUGCCCCCGUCCCCGCCCUUCUUCCGGCCUCGCACUGGGCCGAUCUCCCGCAGGCACCCCGUGACGAUGACACAGACUCGGCCCAAGGCGAUAACGCCAGCAGCACGGCGUCCAUGUCAUCCUCUAUCCUGCAGUACAGGACUAUCCACGGCAGGACGUACCACAGCGAGCGAGGCAACGCCAGCUACUGGAGUCCCAAUGAUGAAGCACAGAACGAGGCCCUAGAUAUCAUUCACCAUGUCCUUACCUUGUCGUUGGACAACAAACUUCACAUCGCACCACUCGGUGACAACAUCCAGAAAGUCCUUGACAUUGGCACGGGAACUGGCAUCUGGGCCAUUGACUUUGCCGACGAGCACCCCAACUGCGAGGUCAUUGGCACAGACCUAUCGCCAACACAGCCGACGUGGAUCCCGCCCAAUCUGAAGUUCGAGAUCGACGACUGCACGCAAGAGUGGACUUUUGCCGAGAACUCGUUCGACUACAUCCACAUCCGCUGGCUGUUUGGCAGCAUCGCCGACUGGACGCACCUCUUCCAGCAGGCCUACAGGUCCCUCAAGCCCGGCGGCUACCUCGAGAGCCAGGAGGCAUCCAUCAUGUUCCACAGCGACGACGGCUCCGUGCACGAGAAGACGGCCAUGGCCCAGUUCGGCAAGUUCUUCCUCGAGGCCGCCAAGGUCAUCGGCCGCUCCUUCACCGUCGUCGAGGACGGCACCCAGCGCAAGGCAAUGGAGGAGGCUGGCUUCGUCGAUAUCCAGGAGAAGGACCUCAAGACGCCCAUCGGCCCCUGGCCCACCGAUCCCAAGCAGCUCGAGAUUGCCAGGUUCCAGCAGAUGGCCGUCGAGCAAGACACCGAGGGCACCCUGAACAUGGUCGCCUCGCUGCAGGGAUGGACCCCGACCGAGGUUGCCGUCUACGUUGCUCACCUCAGGCGGGAGCUCCGCUCCAAGAGCAUCCACGGCUACUACCCUCAGAAGAUCGUCUGGGCUCGCAAGCCCUAA